UUCGUUGUGUCAUGUCAUGCUAAUAUUUUUGUAGCGGUGAGCAAUCGAAAAAUUACCAAAAAAAUAGCAAACUGAGUGCGUACAGUUUAAAUUGGACCUGAAAAAGUGGAAUAGGGAUAUCCAAAAUGCAUUGGUACGGCGGAAGUAUGGCCGAGGCGGUCACACUUUCGAAACAGAAAAAUGCUAUUUUCGUGGUUUUUGUAGAAGGUGACAAUGAUCUCUCCAAGGAGCUGGCCUCGACGAUAGAUGACAGUGUAGUUUUAAAACGCCUCGGUGACCCAAAUAAUUUCCUCGCUGUGAAACUUAAAAGCGGAUCGGAGAACUACACAUUCUUCGCUCAAAUUUACCAGUUUGUACCGGUUCCAUCACUAUUCUUCAUCGGAAGGAAUGGUACCCCAUUAGAAGUUGUGUGUGCUGGAAUUGAACCGCAGAAUUUAGCAACUAGAAUUGAUCGUAUUCUACAAGAACACAGGAAGGAUCAGACAAGUUCUCCAGUUCAACCGUCAACAUCAACGAGUGAUAUCAAAGAUCAGACAGCGAACUUCCUGCAGUCUGAAGCGAGUGUCACCAAAGCUCAAGCUUCACCGAACCCAGAACCAGUUAAUACUGAUUCAGAUGUACCUAAAACUAGUCCAGAGGCUUCACUGAGUGGUCAAAAUGUGAUACCAAAGAAUCCAGAAUCACUCAAAACCGCCCCUUCGAAUAACGAACCGGAAAUAUCUGGCCCAGCAGCGAAGAUAGCGAAGACAGAGCACAACGAAGCGACCAAGUCUGGUGUGGAGUACGAAGUGGUCUGCGAGGGAGAUGUCUGCAUCAGACGUCCUAAGACCGACCAGGCUGGACCCAGCAGCAGCAGUCUGCCAGCGAAUGAGGAACCAGCACCAGCUGAAAUCGUUACCAGCGUACUAGAGAAGAUGGAAAAGGUUAAGGACUUGAUAGAAAUUAGGAAGAGGGAGAAGGCUGAUAAAGAAAAGGAGUUGGAGAAAGAGAAAGAAUUAGAAAGAAGGACAACGGGACAAGGAGUUGCUGAAUUGAAGAGGUGGCAAGCGGAGCAGGAGUUGAAACAGAUUCAGGAAGAGAGAAAACGUGAGAAAAUGGAAAAUAAUUUGGCGAGGCAACGAAUCCUGGAGCAAAUAGCGCAAGACCGCGCCGAGCGGAGAGCGCGCGAGCAGCCGCCGCCGCCGCCCGCGCCGCCCGCGCCGCCCGCCAGCCGCACCGCGGUGGGCGACACGUCGGGGCGCGCCCGCGUGCAGUUCAAGCUGCCGGACGGCGGCGCGCACACGGCGCACUUCGACGCCUCCGACACGCUCGCCGACCUGACGCGCUACGUGGCCGACAACCUGCACCUGUCGGCGUCGUCGUUCUCGCUAUGGACGGCGUUCCCGCGGCGCGAGCUGACGGCGGGCGACGCCAGCCUGCGCGCGCUGCAGCUCGCGCCCUCCGCCGCGCUGCUCGUGCUGCCGCGCGGGGCCGCCGCGCUCGCGCCCGCGCCGCCGCCGCGCCCGCUCGCCGCGCUGCUCGCAUUCAUCACCCAGAUUUUCACAUCGCUGGUCAUCGACCCCACUUACCAGAUAUACAACUGGGUCCACAGCCGCUUCUUCGCCGCACCCCCUACCAAUCCCACGGAGCCCACUAGUCCUAACAGGCCCACGAGCCCGACCACGCCCCCUAAUCCUACCAGUCCAACCAAUCCGUCCGCCCUCCCGGGCUUGAGGCGAAGGGGCAACAUCCACAGGCUAACAGGCGACAGGUCUGGUGAUGAUGAAAAUAACACCUGGAACGGUAACUCGACGCAGCAAAUGUAAUAUUAAUGGUAAUCCAGUGCUGCCAUUAAAAAUGAUUUAAUGUACCAAUAAAAAAAAAAAGAUAGAUAAUCACAUAUGUUCGUUAAAUAUCGCUAGACAAUUAAAAAUAUAUGCUGUAAAAUUAAUUAAUAAAUAUAAUAUAAUCUCUGUAAUUAAAAUAUAUAUAGAAAGACUAAAUUAAUGUUGCCUUCUAUAUAAACAAUAAUUUAUCGACUUGAAUUUUUGAUCAUAUUUUUUUUAUCUAUAUAGUAUUUAAAAAAAAAAAAGGUUGUUAUAAAAACGCUUGUUAUGGCAAUAAAUAGUUUAUUUCCUAUCUGAAU